GUGAAGCUCGGCACGCACAUUCUCACCGGAGAGCGUGUUGCCAUCAAGGUGCUCGAGAAGGAGCGCAUCGUGGAGGUCGCCGAUGUCGAGAGGGUUGCCCGCGAGAUCCACAUCCUGAAGCUCAUCAGGCAGUGCCGGCACAUCAUACAGCUGUACGAGAUCAUUGAGACACCGCGGCAGCUCUAUCUGAUCAUGGAGUAUGCCCCGGGGGGCGAGCUCUUCGAUGCUGAGCAUGGGCGGGCCGAGGAGCCGGAGGCGUGUCGCUUCCUGCACCAGAUCCUGGCAGGAGUCGAGAGGGUCCACUCGAUGCGCGUGGUGCACCGGGACCUGAAGCCCGAGAGCCGCGGCCGUCACGAGGCACAUCAAGAUCGUGGACUUUGGCCUGAGCAACACCCACAAGGAGGGGCAGCUGCUCUCGACGGCGUGCGGCUCGCCGUGUUACGCGGCCCCCGAGAUGAUCGCGGGGCACAAGUACCACCCGCCGCUGGUCGACGUGUGGAGCUGUGGGGUUAUCCUGUUCGCCCUGGUCUGCGGCUACCUCCCCUUCGAGGCACAGGACAACCACCAUGA